AUGGAACCUAUCGAGUGUCGAUAUCAAGUAAAGAUGUCGUCUGGAAGGCCGAUUAAGUGUGUUGUGGUCGGUGAUGGAACCGUGGGAAAGACCUGUAUGCUUAUAUCAUAUACAACAGACAGCUUUCCUGGAGAAUAUGUACCUACUGUUUUUGAUAACUACUCGGCCCCUAUGGUUGUUGAUGGGGUUGCUGUCUCACUAGGCUUAUGGGAUACAGCUGGUCAAGAAGAUUACGACAGACUUCGCCCAUUAAGCUAUCCUCAGACGGAUGUGUUUUUGAUUUGUUUUAGUGUGACAAGUCCUUCUUCAUAUGAAAAUGUAACUUCAAAAUGGUAUCCUGAAAUUAAACAUCAUUGUCCCGAUGCACCCAUUAUAUUAGUUGGUACCAAAAUAGAUCUGAGAGAUGAUCGGGAGACUUUGAGUUUACUCUCAGAGCAAGGCAUGUCACCACUUAAGAGAGAACAGGGGCAGAAGCUGGCAAAUAAGAUUAGGGCUGUAAAGUACAUGGAGUGUUCAGCAUUGACACAGCGUGGUCUCAAGCAGGUAUUUGAUGAAGCAGUCCGGGCAGUAUUAAGGCCAGAGCCUCAAAAGAGACAUCAAAGGAAAUGUCUGAUCAUGUAA